AUGUUGCGUCAAUUCGGCAUAAAUUCCUGUCGCGCAUCCGCGCUGCUGUCACUUUCCCGGCAGCCCUUUUCACCAUUCUACAGGUUACCGCUUCUUUGCCAGCAUCAUGUGAAUCGAUGCAGCUCUUCUUUGUCUCUUACCGCCCAGAAUUUCGCCCAGGAGGACGCUGCAAGCAUCGCCACCAUCCGGAACAUCGGCAUCUUGGCGCAUAUCGACGCUGGCAAGACCACUACAACGGAACGCAUGCUGUUUUAUGCUGGAGCUAUUCGAAAGAUGGGUGAGGUACACAACGGCGACGCAACAAUGGACUUUUUGCCCCAGGAACGGGAGCGGGGUAUCACUAUCGGCGCUGCCGCCAUCAGUUUCCCGUGGCGUGAACACGACAUUAAUCUCAUCGAUACUCCUGGUCAUGUGGACUUUACUAUCGAAGUAGAGAGAACUUUACGUGUACUGGAUGGAGCUGUUGCAGUGCUGGAUGGCGUGGCAGGCGUGGAGGCACAGACGGAGACGGUCUGGGAACAGGCAGACAGAUACAAAGUCCCACGUAUUGCGUUUAUUAACAAAUUGGAUCGUGAAGGAGCAAGCUUUAGCAGGUCAUGCGAGUCUAUUGAAGCCAGAUUUGGAGUGCAGACAUUGUGUGUGCAGUUGCCGAUUGGAGAAGAAGCGGGAUUCGAAGGAUUACUAGAUCUUGUGGACAUGCAGUUGGUCAAGUGGAUGGACAAAGAAGGCGAACAGGUUCAGAGACUACCCUUGCUGUCGUCUACGGGUGGCAAGAUGGCGGAAAUGUAUGCAAAAGCACUUGUAGGACGUCAAACGUUGAUCGAACGUGCUUCGAAUUACGAUGAUGAGCUCGGUGAACUUUUUCUCAUGGAAGAAGAGAUUGAAAAUCAUAUACUGAAGGCAGCACUACGACGGAUUACGGUGCAGCGUAGCCUGGCGUCUAAAGUCGUUGUUACGCUUUGUGGCAGUGCGCUGAAAAACAAGGGCGUGCAACCGUUACUGGAUGCUGUGGUAGACUAUUUGCCGUCGCCACUGGAUUUGUCCCCGUUUGAAGCGCACAGCGUCAUAGGUGGCAAGAAGACUCGUGGUCACGGCCAUCAUAAAGAAAACGAAGUGGUUCAGAGGAAGGCGUCCUCAUGCGAGCCGCUAUGUGCGCUUGCUUUCAAGGUUCAGCACGACCGGCAGCGUGGCCUUGUUGUAUUCUUCCGCGUGUAUUCUGGCGUGCUGAAUGCCAAAUCGCAGUUGAUAAACACCUCUCGUAAUGGCACAAAGGAAAGGCUGACAAGGCUCAUGCAUGUUGCUGCAGACGGUGAGGAGGCUGUAGAUAGCAUUUCGGCUGGCCACAUUGGUGCUGCGGUGGGACUUAAGCACACGUUUACGGGUGACACGCUAAUGAGUGCUAAGGAUGCUGCCAGCCAGAUUGUGUUACCAGGCGUCCAAAUUCCUAAGCCUGUGUUCACGUGUUCGAUUGAGGCCGAGUCAUCUGCUAAGCAAAAGGAUCUCGACACAGCGCUGGAAUAUUUGCAACGCGAGGAUCCGAGCUUUGUGGUAACAGUGGAUGACGAGACUGGCCAAACGCUGAUGUCGGGCAUGGGUGAGCUUCAUCUGGACAUUAUUCAAGAACGACUGCGCAGUGAGUACAAGCUUGAACCUUCUGUCGGUACUAUGCGCGUAGCUUACCUGGAGAGCAUUACAAGCUCUAAUGAGCUAUCAUACGUACACGAUGUCAUGUUGGGCACUGACCGCCAUUUUGCGAAGCUGACAGUCCAAGUGAAUCCAUUGCUUGAGCUACAAGAGGAAACCCAAGACAAGGACAAUGAAGAAGAUGACGAGGACAACAGCACCAUUGUGCACUGGAAGAAUCUGGGCGCAAAAAAGAUGCCCCAUGCUUUUGCUCUGGCGAUCGAGGAGGGGCUGCGGGCUGGACUGAGUCGCGGAGUUUUGACGCCGAAUCGUGUUGCAUACGUAAAGGUCACGAUGGACGAAGCUGAUUGCGAAUGGGAUUGUGACUCGAGUGCAGCAUCUUUCCGAACAGCGGCUGCGCUUGCGCUGAAGCAGGCUCUUAAGGAAUCUGGUCCAGUUAUCCUAGAGCCAAUGAUGAAGCUCGAGGUGCGCUCUCCUGAUCGCUGUGUAGGCGACGUCCUGUCUGACUUAAGCUCUCAAAGACGUGCACACAUCCAGGAGGUGGUGUCUUUUUCUGCUAGUGACGGUAGUAAUUCCACGGCUAGCAAAGGCCGCACUAUUGUCCACGCUCAUGUUCCAUUGGCACACAUGGUCGGCUAUGCAACUUUGCUGCGAUCAAAGACACAGGGUGAAGCCUCUUUCGGGAUUCAGUUCUCACGUUAUGUGGAGGUAGACCCAGCAACUCGUGACCGCUUGACUGAAACUUUUGGAAAGCUUCAUCAACACAUUUCGAGGGCGUCUACCUCGACUGGUUGA